AAUGACCACAUCAGGUGUUGCAUUAAGAGUGGAAACCUGGCUCUUAUCUACCUGGCAUGUGAAAGUGCCAACGCGAUGGCUAGAAGCUUGUAUUGAUUGGAUUGAAAAAGAACAUCAUGGAAGCAAUUUGGCUCAGGCUGCUAUUAACAAGCAAGUUUUUGAGCAGUGGCUUCUUACAGAUCUCCGAGAUCUUGAAUACCCUGUUCUGCCUGAAUUCAUUUUAAAUGAUCCAAAAGGAGAACUGAAUGGCUUUCAUUCUCUGCAAAUUGAUUCCGUUGUUGAUGUGAGUCAGCCCGCUUAUUCCCAGUUGCAAAAAAUAAGACGAAAAAACACGGUAAAUGAGGAAAUAACUGCUAACACACAGAGGACCUUGAGGUCAUGGGAGGAAAAUCCUACUCGAAUGCUUGUGCUACAAAUGACUGAUGGCAUACAUCAUAUCCAAGGUAUGGAAUAUCAACCUAUUCCUCAACUCCAUAGUGGUCUGCCUCCAGGAACCAAAGUUAUGAUACAAGGGAAGGUUGCAUUUCGUUUAGGUGUUCUUUUGCUUAAACCAGAAAAUGUGAAAUUAUUGGGAGGUGAAGUUGAUAGCCUUCUAAAGACAUUUGCUUUGGAGAGAGUGCUUGCUGGGUUAAUUGGAGAAGAAGACUGCAGUCCUAACAUAGUCAGGUCUGAUAUUGGCGAAAGUGAAAUUGCAAGGCCUAAUGAUGAAUUAGUGCUUUCUGAUGAAGAGCUUCUGGCAAGUCUUGAAGAAAAUGGUGAAUUAAGGAUACGUGAAGAUCCUCCUGAAAGUGGAUAUUGUACAAGAAGUACCAGUUUAAAUUCUACUGUGUCUUUUCCUCAGAGCUUUGGGAACAGCUUACAACAAAGAUCUGCAGAGUUAAUUUCAAGAAAUGAAGAACAACAAACUGUUUCAGUUCUAGAAAAUAUGGAAGGUGAUUUUGAUGGAUUUUCAAUGGAUGAUGAUUUACUUUUAGCAGAAGAGAUCCAGCAGGAACAGAUACAUGUUCUGAACACUAAUAUUAGUAUAAAUAAUCAAGCUGUUCAAGAAAAAAAAUCUAGUGAAAGAGGAAGGUAUAAUACAUUUGAAGAAAGCAUGGCAGACUUUACUAUAAAUCAUAAAAAACAAUAUACCCAGAAUUUAGAUGACAGUAAGAAAUCCUCUAAAAUCUCUAAUGAUGGAGUAAUAGAUGUCAAUGCAGAAUUCAGAUUGUGUUCUGAGCAGGUACAGAUGAUAAAAAUAAAUAAGUGUCACAAAGUUGAUUUGGAUACCCCUCCUUUUACGUCUAUUCUGUUAAGUAGCAAGUGCAGAGAUAAUACUACUGUGAAAAUUAAAGCAUUUAUAGUAACCCUUACAGGAAAGCUUACAUGCAGUAAUGGCUUCUGGAGUGUAACAGCAAAAAUAUCUGAUGGCACAGCUUAUCUAGAAGUUGAAUUCGCUGAUGAGAUUCUUACAAGCUUAAUUGGCUUUUCUGUGCCUGAAAUGAAGCAACUGAGGAAAGAUCCUGUCCUGUACCCAAAGCUUAAGGAGGGAUUACAGAAUUGCCAACGAGAACUAAUAGACCUCUGUUGCUUGAUGACUAUUGAAUUUAAUGUUUGCCAGACAAAAGGAACAGUAAUAGUUUUGCAAGAUAUUAAUAUAAGUAAUUUGAAUCACUUAAAAAGACGGUUAUAUAUUUAACAUUUAGCCAGCAGGUUAUAAUUUUAAGAAAAACUUGUAUCAUAGACUAGGUGUUGAUUAUGGUAAAACUAUUUGAAUUCAGACUCGGAGAAUGGAGAAAUAUUUUAAUAUUGGCACAUAUCUUCUUUAAUUCACUCAACAUAUGUAUUUGUUUUAGCAAUGGUUGAUGUGUUUUCAAUAUCUCCUCAGAAUAAUAUUUUUUAAACAUGGGAAAAAUAAAAUUAAGAACUUAUUUCUAGAGCUUUUCAUCCUUUGUACUCUUACAAUGAGUAAAAUGAAAUAUAUGUAUUUGGAAUGAACAAGUCAGUCUUCUGUUUGUGAUUUUUUCCCAGUUUUACAAUAUUGACAUGACAUUUGUAUCGAACACAUUUUGAAAACUU